UAUUUAACUUUUAGCUGUUGCACAAAAUGUUGUAUUUACGCUCCGAACAAAAUGUAUUCAGUUUUUUAUUUGAUCGUUGUGGCCGUCGGUAUUUUGUUGUGUUUUCACGAAAUUAUUGCUGAUAUUGAUAUUGAACGUGAUGCCAAACUAUCCACUCCAGAACUCAUAACUGUGCAUGGUUAUCCUUCCGAAGUGCAUCAUAUUAAAACUGAAGAUGGAUAUAUUUUAGAGGUGCAUCGCAUUGCGAACCCUGGCAAACGACCCGUUUUAUUAAUGCAUGGAAUGCUUGAUUCUUCGGCGACAUUUGUCAUGUUGGGACCGGGCAGAUCUUUGGGAUAUAUACUUCACGACAUGGAUUAUGACGUUUGGCUAUCGAAUAGCCGCGGGAAUGAUUAUUCGAAAAGGCAUGUAAAAUAUCAUCCAAAUGGAACACGGGAAGAGCGUAAAAAGUAUUGGAAUUUUUCAUGGCAUGAAAUUGGGACCAAAGAUCUACCAGCGACGAUUGAUUACAUUUUGAAAAAAUCAAAUUAUUCGCAAUUGCAUUAUAUUGGCCACUCGCAGGGUACGACGGCCUUUUUCGUUAUGACAUCGGAGAGACCUGAAUACAACGAGAAAAUUUUGUCAAUGACCGCAAUGGCUCCAGCCGUCUACAUGGGGCAUGUUGACAAUGAAAUAUUGAUACUUAUUUCUCGAUAUUUAAGCUCAAUUGAAACGGUAGCCGAAUGGAUAAGUUUCUAUGAGUUCUCUCGACAAGCCAAUCAAUUGUUAGUCCAAACACAGAACAGUGUAUUGUGUUAUAUAGACGCACUGCGAACUACACAGCUGUGCAACAACAAUUUUUCACCACUAGUGGGCAACAUCACCGGACAUGUAAAUAGGACAUUGAUUCCAAUGUUUCAAACUCAUGCGCCGGCUGGCAGUUCGAUGAAGCAACUAUUUCAUUACGGACAAUUGAUACGAAGUCAUCGAUUUUGUCAGUACGAUUACGGUUUACAACGUAAUCUACGAAUUUAUCAGCAUGCAGUGCCGCCUAAAUACAAUUUAAAAAAUUGCACCGCCAAAGUAGCAAUAAUUUAUUCGGAAAACGAUACAACCGUUGCGGCGGAAGAUAUAAGAUCAUUGUCAAAGGUUCUACCAAAUUUACUUGAAAUUCGUCGAGUCGACGAUGACACAUUCAAUCAUAUCGAUUUUAUAUGGGCAUCAGAUGCCAAGGAGCUCGUAUAUGAUUACAUCAUUGGUUGGAUGAAAUCAUUGGACGACCGGCAUGAUAGUGACAACGAAUAAAUCAUCGUAUACAAUCAAUACUAGAAAUAUACAUCUAAUAAAUUUUUCAUUUUACAUUACUUUUGAAUGGAAAAUUGCAUGUCUCCCAUUUUCAUUCAAUAUGUUCAUCUUCCUUUUUCUAUUCAUUCAUGCAUCUUAGUGUAUUGGCCAUAUAUACCAAAAACCAUUUUUUUCACUUUGAUUCUUGAAUUCUUUCAAGCGCCUAUAAAACGCUCAGUUUCACUACUGUACUUUUGACUUCUUCAGAAUCGAUCAAAGAAAAAUGUCUCCGAAUGAAACAUUUUAUGCAUAGGCGAGACGACAACGGCGACGACAGGGUGGUGUGGUAGGGAGAGGCACUCAGUGAGUCAUCAUGCAUAAAGCACUCACAGUAUUUCUUAAACAAAUAUAUAUUCGAUAGCAUUGGCUGCUUUUGCUAUGUGCAUAAAUGAUGUAAAUUACACGCAAAUAAAAAAGCAUUCUAUUUUCGGAUUAAAAAAAAUGUUGAGAACAAAAAAUCAUUUAACUUCUAUGUAUGUAUCACAUCAAUAAGGUUUUCCUGUUUGGGUUCUGUUGUUAUUGCUUUUUUUUCUUGAUGUUGCACGACGUGAACAUUGAUUACAUUUGAAUCGAUAAAGGAAAACUAGUAUUUGUGUGAAUGAACUUACCUGCCGGUAAACCAGGGACACGGCAUGUAUGACAGAAACAUUGCAAAACUGAAUCACGAACUAAUCCAAUCAGCAUUUUGUCGAUUUAAUACUUCAAUAUUGCACACGAAUUUCACCAACUGAACAGACAAAAACAAAUAUAAUUUUUAUAUUUUUGCUUCAAUUUUAUUUGACUGUAAUUUUCGGAAAUUAAUAAAUCUGUGAA